AUGGAAUUGGGGGUUGAUAAAACCCAGGAGGCAGGCCACCUGGCAGCACAUCCAUCAAGUCUCACCAGCUUUGUGGAUGAACCUAUGGUAAUCCUUGGUACUGGCAAUACCAUUGCAUUGUGGUACCUUCCCAGUGCCAUCACCAAUGAUUUGCAAACACACAUGCUUGCCACUUUGGACCCCCUUCACCAUGCAAUGUCCAAGAUCACUGGGGUGCCUGGAGUUUUCCCUGGCCAGGCACCAACAGGGGCAUAUGGUAUGGUUAUAUUACCUCAGGGGUAUGUCUCUCAAGUGGCAUCCAAACCAUGA